AUGUCAACUGAGACAGAACUUCAAGUGGCUGUUAAAACCAGCACAAAGAAAGACUCUAAGAAGAAAGGUCAGGAUCGCAGCGAAGCCACUUUAAUAAAAAGGUUUAAAGGCGACGGUGUUCGAUACAAAGCAAAACUGAUUGGGAUAGACGAGGUUUCUGCAGCACGAGGCGACAAGUUAUGCCAAGAUUCCAUGAUGAAAUUAAAGGGAAUUGUGGCUGCAGCUCGUUCAAAAGGGGAACACAAGCAGAAAAUAUUUCUAACCAUAUCUUUUGGAGGAAUCAAAAUCUUUGACGAGAAGACAGGACUACUACAGCACCAUCAUGCAGUUCAUGAAAUUUCAUACAUUGCAAAAGAUAUCACAGACCACCGGGCCUUUGGAUAUGUAUGUGGAAAGGAAGGGAAUCAUAGAUUUGUGGCAAUAAAAACAGCCCAGGCAGCAGAGCCUGUAAUUUUGGAUUUACGAGAUCUCUUUCAACUCAUUUAUGAAUUGAAACAAAGGGAAGAGAUGGAGAAAAAGGCACAGAAAGAUAAACAGUGUGAACAAGCAGUAUAUCAGACAAUUUUGGAAGAAGAUGUAGAAGAUCCUGUUUACCAGUACAUUGUGUUUGAGGCUGGACAUGAGCCAAUCCGUGAGCCUGAAAUAGAAGAAAACAUUUAUCAGGUUCCUACUAGCCAAAAGAAAGAAGGUGUUUAUGAUGUGCCAAAAAGUCAACCUGUAAGUGCUGUUACCCAACUAGAGCUGUUUGGUGACAUGUCCACUCCUCCUGAUGUAACCUCUCCCCCUACUCCUGCAACUCCAGGUGAUGCCUUUAUCCCAUCUUCAUCCCAGUCACUUCCUUCUGGUGCAGACAUGUUUAGUUCUGUACCUUACAGCACUGCUGCUGUACCCUCAGGUUAUGUUGCAAUGGGAGCUGUCCUGCCCUCCUUCUGGGGACAACAACCACUGGUUCAACAACCACUGGCCAUGGGUGCUCAGCCUCCAGUUGCUCAGGUGAUGCAAGGAGGACAGUCAAUUGCAUGGGGACAGCCUGGGAUAUUUUCUCCCACCCAGCAACCAUGGCCAUCUGUAGCUGGUCAGUUUCAGCCUGCUGCCUUCAUGCCAACACAAACUGUUUUGCCUUUACAAGCAGCCAUGUUUCAAGGUACCGUUGCUCCCAUUGCUACUGUUCCACCUACAAGUGAUUCCACCAGAGCAAGUCCACAGACAGAUAGGCCUAGGCAAAAGGCAGGAAAAGAAAUAUUUAAAGAUUUCCAGAUGGCUCAGCCUCCGCCAGUGCCAUCACGAAAACCAGAUCAGCCUUCCCUCAGUUGUACCUCAGAGGCCUUCUCCAGUUACUUUAACAAAGUUGGGAUGGCACAGGAAGCAGAUGAUUGUGAUGACUUUGACAUCUCUCAGUUAAAUUUGACUCCUGUGACUUCUACAACGCCAUCAACGAACUCACCUCCCACUCCUGCUCCUAGACAAAGUUCUCCAUCCAAAUCCUCAGCAUCCCACACCAGUGACCCUGCUGCAGAUGACCUCUUUGAAGAGGGUUUUGAAAGUCCAAGCAAAAGCGAAGAACAGGAAGCGCCUGAUGGAUCUCAGGCCUCAUCCAACAGUGAUCCAUUUGGUGAGCCCAUUGGUGAAACUGUAAGUCCACAGGGCGAUAGCUAGAUAGCGCAGGUUGGGGAAAGAGAACCUCUCUACGCCCAGAUCAACAG